CACGGUUCACUAAGUGCCCUAGGUGGAGGGCUUGAGUUGCUCACUUUCGUUUGGAAUACCCCUUCGAGUGGUCUCCCCUUUUCGCAGUGCCCUUCAAGGGCGCAAAAACGCCGUUCGGAAUUCGCCCAAGGUCGUCCUAACACGUAACUGGAAGCAUCCCAUGUUUGGAACACCGGUAGAAAACGCGCCUUUAGUUGGAGUUACAUCUGCAAGAGCCAAUCAUCUUCAGGAGUUAAAGUCCCCACCCCUUCACGAUAGUGUGAGAAGAAAACGACGAGGCCGCGCUCGCUCAGCCGGUGACGCUUCCGGGACAAGAGACUCGUGAGGGAAGCGAGUUUUACAGGUGCAAGAUGUCAUACUCAUCCCGAAGUUCCUCUCGCGCCUCUGAUUGUAAGGUCUAUGUUGGAGAUCUUGGCAAUGGUGCAGCCAAAGGUGAACUUGAACGAGCCUUCAGUUACUAUGGACCACUGAGGAGUGUAUGGGUCGCUCGAAACCCACCUGGUUUCGCCUUCGUAGAGUAUGAGGAUGCCAGAGAUGCAGAGGAUGCCGUAAAGGGGAUGGACGGAAAGGUGCUUUGUGGAGCCCGCAUCAGAGUUGAGCUGUCUACUGGUAUGUCCAGAAAGUCCCGUUUUGGCCGUCCCAACCGCAGGCAGUUUGACCCCAAUGACCGGUGUUACCAGUGUGGAGAGAAUGGCCAUUAUGCCUAUGACUGCUAUCGCUUCAACAAGAGGCGUGGCAGACGCAGCAGGUCAGCGUCUCGAUCUCGGUCCAGAUCUCGUGGCCGUCGUUACCGCUCUCGUAGCCGUAGCAAUGAUAGGAAGUACCGUUCUCCUUCAUAUGCAAAACGCAGAAGCAGGUCAGCCUCCCCAGCCCGAUCCAGAACUCCUGUGCGGCGCUCACGUUCACCUGUACACAGGUCAAAAAGCCCGGUCCGAAGAUCCAGAUCCCGAACACCUGUCCGUAGAGACAGUCGAUCUCGCUCCCGUUCACGCUCUGCUUCUAGACAACGGGAACGUAGUGCGUCCAGAUCUCGCUCUCGUUCGGUCAAGAAAGACAGUCAUUCCAGGUCUGCCAGCCCAAGGAGAAGUCCAACACCAGAUGCUGACUGAUCUGAAUACUGAUGCUUCACUCCCAUUCCCCACCUUUGCCUCAGGGCUAAAAUUUGUUUUAUUUCCCCCAUGAUUUCAGUCCUUGUUCUACUGUAGAUUCCAAGCUCUUCUUUUUUUCAUUUCAUUGAUGGCUCCUACCACCUUGUAAAAGAAUCACUAUCAUCUCAAGAAAGCUCAUUUAUGAUUUUCUUGUCACUUUUUUUUUUUUUUAUCAGACUCUUAAAACAUUUUAAGCUCCAUUGUUUUAUUUCAGUGUUGAGCCAAUGUCCUGUGGUCCGUGAAUUGUAGGUAAGGUGGUGAAUGAGCUGUGUUGUGAUUAGUCAGUGUAUUAUAUGAGCUGAAGUGUAUGCUGUGAUUUGUUUUUUUGUUGGUGUAGAAGGUUUUUUUUUUUUUUUUUGCAUUGAAAAUGACAAUGGUCUUUUUAAUAAAGUUAAGCUUUACAGAUUCAACUGUUUCAUUGUGUGUUGUUGCUGAUCUGGGGUUUG